UGAGCGACCCCCGCCCGCCCGCCCAGCCCUUCCCAUGGCCGAGGAGCCGGAUCCCGAAGCCGCCGUUGCCGCCUUGAGCAGCGCGGAGGAAGGCAGCGCAGCCCAGAGAACCAGCGAUCAUUACCGGGUGAGCCAGGACUUACCUGCCCGGUUCAACCACCCGGGAUGGUUUCGAGGUUACAGAGUGAAAGAGCGCAACCUAUUGUUCAGGACGACAAACAUGGAUUAUGGAGCAAAACCUCCAACAGUACAUGAGAUGCCGACCAGCUUCCACAUCAGUCCUCAUGCCUUCUCCGAUCGUCUCAUGAAGUUCGGCAUGUACAGGAACUAUGGCAUCAACACCGUCAUGGAAAAAAGCUACGUGACCGGUCCUGACAACUUCAUCACUUUCCUGGAUACUCUCAACUUCCACCCCAGUUACCGAACUAAAGGACCUUCCCUUUCGGAGUAAGGGGCACCGGAUGGCUUCCUGCCUCUCCUUUAGCUUUUUACUGUUCUAAUGACCAGAAUUUAAAAAAAAAAAGAUUCCUCGAUAUGAAGAAAUGUUUGCAAUGCUCCCCUUCCUUGGAAACUUCUUUUCAAAGGUGACCUGCACCAACAGAGACUUCAAAAUGCUCCUACAGGAUCCUGGCUUGUAGCUUGCAAACAGUCUUAGCCUCUUUCUUAAUACGAUGAGCAUGUUAGAGCAACAUUACCUGCCUUAAAAAUGUUGGGAAUGGU